AUGUCUGGUCAGACUAAAAUGAUAUUUAUAACAUCAGAUGAAGAUCUAGUUGAUAAAAUAUCUGCAGCUAAAUCAACAAAUACACGUAUUAUCGAUUUGGAUGAUUAUGAACAAAUGUCACUGACAAUAUAUGAUAAAAAUAUGAUUAAUUUAGCUCUUGCAGAAUUAUCUGAACUUAAUUCAACUGAUCAUAAUCAAUCAAAAGAAAAUAAUAUUUCAAAAAAAUCAAUUGAUUCAGUUUGUAAAAUAUGUGGUGAUCGUGCUAUUGGUUUUAAUUAUGAUGUUCUAUCAUGUGCAUCAUGUAAAGCUUUUUUUCGUCGAAAUGCUUAUCAACAAUUGGAAGAAUUAAAAUGUUUAACAGGUAAUAAUGAAUGUUUAGUUAUACAUGGAAUAAAUCGUAAAUGUCAUCUAUGUCGACUCAGUCGAUGUUUUAUGAUGGGAAUGAGAAAAGAUUUUAUUGUUAAAAAAGAAACAAAACAAAAAAAGAAAAAAUAUCUUGAAGAAAAUUUAUUCAAUUCUAAUUUUAUUCCUCAAACACUUGAUGAAAUUGAGGGUGGGUGUGGGUGUCAAAGUGAGGUUAUGUAA